AUGGCGGACCCGACGACGGUUCUAGAAGAGGAGUUCGACGAGAACUACGAGCCGACGCAGGAAGACAUUCUCGAGUACGCGCAAUGGCUGGGAAUGGAGCUGCCGGAGGAGGAGGAGCUGCUGUGGGUGGCGCGGCAGGGGCUCAAGGCGCCGCUGCCGCCCAACUGGAAGCCAUGUCGCACGGACGACGAUGAGAUCUACUAUUUCAACUUCCAGACGGGCGAGAGCGUGUGGGACCACCCCUGCGACGACCACUACAGAGCGCUUUACACGGAUGAGAAGAAGAAGCUCAAGGCGGCAAAGGCAGCAGCAGUACAAGCUGAAGGCGGAGCCCUGUACACGGAUGAGAAGAACAAGCUCAAGGCGGCAAAGGCAGCAGCAGUACAAGCUGAAGGCGGGUGGGGCAGUUAUGCAACCUUAUCCCCCUUACUUUCACCACUCCCCACUCCUCUUCUCCCCCUCAGAGCCCUGCAGGGCGGUGGCUUUCCCAGUGGGGCGGUUGUUCUCAAUCGCAUGCUCUUCUCCCAUCUCCCGAACCCUUCACACCCUCCCCAUUGCCCAUCCCUUCCCCCAUUGCCCAUCCCUUCCCCCAUGACGCUCCCAUCCUCAGCGGAGGCACAAGGUCCGGAGGCGCAAGGUCGGGUGCCACAGGGGCGAGGGCGCCUCUCCAUCACAGACAGCUCAGAGGAUGAUAGAGGCAUGGCGCGCGCUGCUGCUGCUUCCCAGCAGCAAAUGAGGCUCCAGCAGCAGCAGCAGCAGCAGCAACAACAGCAGCAGUUUCAGCAGCAGCAGCAAAGGCAGGCGAGACAGCAGCAGCAGCAGGGGGAGCAAGGGCAAGGGGGUAACCAGCAAAGCAGGAGGCCACCGGCCGGGUCGGGAGCAGGGACAGGGGCAGGUGGAGGUUCGGGGGCUGCUGGAGGAGGAGCAGGAGGUGGAGGCUCGGCUGCUGGAGGGCCGGCGGCAGGUUCGGUAGGAGGUUCGGGGCAGGAGGUAGAGCUCCUGCAUCAGGUCACGUGGUCUCCCGAACCUGGGCAGGGUCGGCGGUCUCCCAUGGCUAGCUCUCUGGCUCGGGCAGGGUCCAUGGGGGCUGCUAUCAAGGGAAAGCCCACAGUUUUGGAAGAAACGGAUGCAGAGGAGUGGGAAACGUCUGACGACGAAACGGGCACCAGACCACCCUCGUCCGCCACUGCUGUUGCAUCAGCAUCAGCACCAGGUGCAGCAGCAGCAUCUGGAAUCCCAGUCUCACAAUCCCCCGGUGGUGUGCCUAUUGCUGCUGGGGCAGGGGGACAGGGGACAGGCGCAGGAGCAGCGGGAGGAGGUGGAGGGGGAACAGGGGGAGGUGGGGGUGGGGGUAGAGGGGGCGGCAGAGGAGGGGCCGAGGGUUACCACCAGCAGCAGCAACAACAACAGCAGAAGCAUGGGAUGGUCCCUCGGAGGACCGGCGGAAUGCCGAACCAGAACCAGGAGGUUCGGCGGGGAGCGGGAGGAGCAGGGGGUGGUGGGGAGGGUGGGGGCAGGGGGGAAGCAGGCAGCAGCAGAAGACCGGGGAGUUCUGAUAGGGGGGGAGGGGAAGCGGGGGGAGGGGGAGCGGGAGCGGUGGGAGCAGGAGUGGGUGGUGUGGGGGCCGUGGUAAAGGGAGGAGCAGAGGGGAGGGAGGGCAGGGACGGGAGGGAGAGGAGGGAAGAGCGAGGAGAAGGAGUGACGGGGAGGCAGGAGGGGGAGGGGAAGGAGAGGCGGAGGUCUUUGGAGGGGCGGGGGAGUGGCACGGGGGAGAGGGCGGGGGAGAGAUCGGCAGAGAGGGGGGAUCCAAGGGAUGGGCGGGGGGGAGAGGGGGCGGGGAGAGGAGGGCCGAAAAGAACUAGCAGCACAGAUGCCCAGGGGGGAGUGGGUAACAGUCAGGGCAAUAGUCAGGGCAAUAGUCAGGGAAUGCAGGGUUAUUCAAGAGGAGGAGGUGGGGAGGCGAGUCAAGAUGCCCAGCAGAGAGGUGCCCGUGCCUCACAGUCCGCUGCCGGCAUAGCCAGACAGGGCUCCUGGGCCAAGCCAGCUGAGGACUCCAAGCAACAGCAAGGGAGGGCCGCUGCAGCAGCAGCUGCUGCUGCUGCUGCUGCUGCUGCUGCUGCUGCUGCUGCUGCUGGUGCGGGUGCUGGUAGUCCUGCUGCAGCUGGGGGGAAUGUGGCUGGGGCAGGUGUAUCUGGUGCAGGUGGUGCUGGUGGUGGGGCGCGUAAGGCGUCUGGGCUGGCUGAUGGGCGACUUGCAGGGGCGGCGCAAGGGGCCGUGCAGGCUGGUGGUUUGACUGCUGCUGCAGCAGCAGAGAGACAGAAGCGGGAAGGGGAGGAGGCGACGGGUAAAGGAGGGCCAGCUAAGGAGCGAGAGCCUCUUGGUCAGGAGCCCAAGGAUAAAGAUGCUGAUGCUGAGGACGACGAGGUGAUUCGCCUUCGCGAGGCAGCAGCAGCGGCGCAGAGGCGAAUAGCGCGUGAUUCGCUUAAGGGAGGCAGCAGCAGCGGCACAGAGGCGAAUAGCAUGGAUGAUGAGGUGACUCGCUUAAGGGAAGCAGCAGCAGCGGCGCAGAGGCGAAUAGUGCGGUACGAGGCGGAGUGUGACGGGCGGCUGGCAAAGCUCAAGGCGGAGAGGGAGGCGCUGGUGCGGCGCAGAGAGGCGGAGAUCACACGGCUGGCAGAGCAGCUGGGCACGGUGAGUGCUGCAACUGCCUCUUAUGCUUCAGGUCCUGAGGGGUAUAUUGAAGCUCAAGGCGGAGAGGGAGGCGCUGGUGCGGCGGCGAGAGGCGGAGAUCACCCGGCUGGCGGAGCAACUCGGCACGAGCUCAAGGCGGAGAGGGAGGCGCUGGUGAGGCGGCGAGAGGCGGAGAUCACACGGCUGGCGGAGCAACUCGGCACGCCCUUUGACGCCGGAGCACUCACCCAAGCCCGUAGUGUAGCAGUGGACGAGGGGAGAGCGCUUAGCACGAGGGAGAGAGACGCAGCCGUGGCAGCAGCCAAGGAGGAGGUGGAGCGGGAGAGGCAGCGAGGCAGCAAGAGAGCACCCUUUGACGCGGGGGCGCUGACACAAGCGCGCAGCGUAGCGGUGGACGAAGGGAGGGCGCUCAUCACACGGGAAUGUGACGCAGCGGUAGCAUCAGCCAAGGAGGAGCCUUUUGAUGCAGGGGCACUCACUCAAGCGCGCAGUGUAGCAGUGGACGAGGGGAGAGCGCUCAUCACGAGAGAACGUGAUGCAGCCGUAGCAUCAGCCAAGGAGGAGGUGGAGCGGGAGAGACAGCGGGCCAUGGCUGUGCUCCGAGAGGAAGCUUCCCUGAAGGUGGCGCUGGAGCGGCGGCACCUGCAGGUGGAUCCUCAGGUGGUGGCGCUGGUGAACCUGGAGGAGGUGGCCCGGCAGCAGGAGUUUCUGAACCGGUGGCGGGCGGCUCUGGAGCAGGAGAAUCCGCAAGUCCUAGCCAGAUGGAAGGCGGCAGCAACGGAGGAGGAGCAGCGAAUGCUCGAGCUGGCGCGGAGAGAAGCAGCAGCACGGGUGGAACGAGUGGUAGAGCAGGAGGAGCGGCGGGAGCGAGAAUCAGCCCUCAAGGGAAUCAGGGAGCGGGUUCGGGCGAAGCUAGGGGAAGAGGAGAGGCGGAUAGUCGCCCAGGAACGGGCAGAAAUGGCGUCCCGUGUUGCCGAAGCUGUUGCGGAGGAGCGGGAGCGGCUCGUGGAGGCUCGGCGGAAGGAGGUGUUGGAUCGGGCGGAGCGGGAGGCUGGGGAGGAGGCGGAGAGGAGGAGACAGGCUCGGCUGCUUGAGGCUUGGAGGAGGGUAGAGGCUGAGGUGGAGGGGGUGCAAGAGGAAGGGUGGGAGAGUGUGGUUGGGAGGGCGAGGGGUGUUGCGGAAGAGGCAGGGAUUGCAAUGGAUGGAGAGAAGUUGAAGAUUCUAGAGAUUGUGCGGUGGUCGCUGGAGGAGGAGAGGAAAGAGUUGAGUGAACAGAGGGUGGCUGAGGUGGUUGAAGCGUUAAAGGAGGAAGAGAGGGAGGUUGUAGCGCGGAUGAAGAAGGAGAAGGGGGUGAAUGGGGAGGUGGUGGGUGCUGAUGGUGCUGGUGGUGCUGUGACCGCUGCUUUGAAGGCUCGGGCCGAGGAGGAAGCUGCUGGGAAGCUGGAGAGGUUGAGGAAAGAGGCGGAGGAGAGAGUGAGAGAGCAGGCGAGAGGAGAGGAAGCUGCGUUGCUGGCUAGAAGGAGGGGGGAGAUGGAACAGAGGGCUGAAGCGUUGGGUAGAGGAGGGAAGGGCGCGGUGAUUCAGCUAGAGAAGGAUUUACUGGAAGGGGAGUUAGGAGAGAAGAUUGCCCUGAUGAGGAAAGAGGCGGAGGAGAGAGAGGUGCGGGAAAGGGAGAGGCUUAAAGCGAGUAUAGAGAAGCGGCUAGAGGAGGCAGUGGAAGGGGAGGAGAGGGCGAUGGAGGGGGUGGUGGAAGAGAGGAAGAAGGAGAUGAGAGAGAGGGCGAGGCGGGCUGUGCAGGAGGAAGAGAAGAAGCUUCUAGAAGAGAUGCGAGCGCAGGUUCGAAAGAAGGUGGAGGAUAGGUUCGGCGCCGAGGCUGAGAGCUGGGCAGGUUCGGUGAGGGAGGAGUUGAUGGAGCAGGCGAAGAGGGAGGUAGAGGAGGAGGUGGAGGAGUGGCGGAGGAGGGAGCUUGCUGGUGCUGGGGUGAAGGGGAGUGGGAGGAAGGGUAGGAAGAGAGGAGGGAAGAAGGAGAAGGAGGACGGGGGAGAGGAGGAGGAUGAGGAUGGGGAGGAGGAGGAAGAGGAGGAGUUGGAAGAAGAGAGGGAGGUGAGGAGGCAGGAAAUGAUGGAGGAAUUAGAAAAGGAGGUUGAGACGGAGAAGCAAAGGCGGUGGGAGGAAAUGGAGGAGGAUCUUAUCGGCCAAUGGGAGGCCAAGAAAGAGGAGCGGCUCGCUGAGCUGGCGCGGAAAGUGGACGCUGACGUGGCGGAGGGGUAUGAGAAGUUGAGAAGGGAGAAGGAGGAGGAGAUCGAGCGGAAGAUCUGGGAGCAGAAGGUUGCUGAGGUGGACGGGCAGAUUGGAAAAUUGCUCGAGGAGGAACGGGCAGUUCGGCUGCAAGCUGCCCGAAAAGUCAUGGAUGCUUCGUUGAGAAAGCAGAUUGCGAGUGAGAGAGAGGAGAGUUUGGGGCAGAUGAGGAAGGAAUGGGAUGAGAUGGAACCAGAGCAGCAAGAGGCAUGGGUGGUGCAGCAGCGGGAGGAGAAGGGGCGGAGGAUGGAAGAAGAGAUGAAGAGGCGGGUAGAGGAGGAAGUGAGGGGUUAUAGAGAGAGAAUGCUGGCGACAGUGGCUGCAGAGGAGAGGGAGGUGAGGUCGAGAGAGAGCAACAAGAGAGACUUGGUGAGGAUCGAGCGGGAGUAUAAGCGGCAGAGGCAAGAGAUGGAACUGAGAGCCUCGCAUGCUCUAGAGGCUUUCAGAACGGAUCUGAGCGUGAGGCUGGAGAGAGAGAAGCUGAGACUGAGACGGGAAGCGAAGCAUGCUUUAGAGAGGUAUGAGAUCGAGCUGGAUAUUAAGGUGGAGAAAAAGGUGGAGUCUAUGAGGGUAGACCUGCAGAUUAGGUUAGAGGCUAUGCGGAGGGAGAUGGAGGUGACUCUGAGGAAGAAGGUAGAGGAGGAGCGGGUGAGACGGCUGGAGAUUCUGAGCCGGGAGUUGAAGGCCGAAGAGAGGGAGAUGAGGCGAGGGUGGAGGGAGCUUAUGGCGCAGGAGGAGGCCAAGGUGAGAAGGCAGUACGAGCAGAGAAGGAAUUUGUUGAGUAAUGCGCUAGAGAGUGAGUCGAGUGGUGUGGAGGGGAGAGGGGGCGGUGUGGGGGGAGAGGAUGGGAAGCAGCGAGGGGGUAGGGGAGCGAACCGGAACCCGCACCAGCAGGUUGGGUUCGGCGGGUUAGGUUCGGGUGGGGUAAGGGGGAUGGGUGGGGGCGGAGGGGGGAUGUUUGGCGGGAUGGGGGGCGGGAUGGGGGGAAUGGGGGGGAUGGGCGGGAUGAGGUUGAUGGAUGGGAGUGGGGGGAGUGGAGGGGGAUUCCGGCUUUUAGAGGUGGCUAAUGAGAAGGUGGGUGGGGGCGGGGAGGGUAUGGAAGGGAGAGGAGGAGCGAGAGGGAGAGUGGGUGGCGGAGGAGGGAUGGGAGGGAUGGGAGGGGGCGUAGGGGGAAUGGGUGGGGGUAAGGUGGAAGAGCUAAGGAGUGGAGGGGAAUCAGAUGUGAGUUUGAGUCAUGGGUUGAGUGCUAGUAGGGAGUUUGAACCGGGGACAGGGGAGGACAGAGGGAGGAGAGGCAGAGGGAAGGGAGUGCGGCGGAGAGGGGAGCGUGGGGACGGGGAAGAGGGAGAGGAGGAGGAGGGAGAAGAGGAGGAGGAGGAAGAGGAGGAAGAGGAGGGAGAGGGGUUGGAUCUGGGGCAGGGGCGAGGGGGGCUAGGGGGGAUGGUGGAGGAGGGAGGGUCUAUGUCUGAAGAGUCAGAGCAGCUGGAGGGACAACACGACCGGCAGCAUCAGCAGCAGCAUCACCAAGAGAAAGCCAACACAGCAGGAGCGGCAGCAGCCGGCGGGGCAGCAGCAGGAGAGGCAGGGGCAGGGGCGGCGGCGGCGGCAGUGGGUGGUGAGGUGGCUGUGAGUGCAGCGAGUGGGCUUGGGAGUGCCGAGCCAGAUCGAUCUGAUGAGGCUGAUAGCAAGAAGGACGUGGACUCGCUCCCCCCUGAGGCCACAGGGGGAGGCGCUGCAGCAUGGGGUGCAGGGGGAGAGCGGGGGGAGAGGGGGGAGCGGGGAGAGGUAGGGGCGGAUGGGGCUGGCGGGUUAGAUGUGGGGGGAAGAGACGGAGGGGGAGGGGUGAAGGUGGGGGGUGAAGCAGCAGGGGGCGGCACAGCAGCGGGAGGGGCGGAGGGGCAGGGAACAGCAGCAGCAGUAGCCUUGGGGCCGCAUCCAUUGGGAUCUCCUGACGAUUCGGGAAGCAACUUCGGGGAAAGUUCAUCAGAGCUCCCGAGGUUGACGCUGGGGGGGGCGGGCGGGGAGGGGGAGGCAGCGGGGUUGGCGGGGGAUUGGAUGGGGAGGGGAUGGGCAAAGCCAGGGCAGAGGCGGUCGCGGAAUCGCAACAGCGGGAAGGCAGCACGCCAGCCGAAUGACGUUGCGGAUUACUAUUCGGAGUGGAGCGAAUCAGGCUCGGAUCUGGAGCUAGCGGAUAGGGAGUUCAGGGCAGGGGGCGGCAGGAAGGGCAUGGACAACGGGGACGAGCUCUUUGACGAGGAAGGCGUGCCCUUCAGAUUUCACGGUGCUACAAGAGAGAGCAGCAGCUUUAAGUGGAGACUCAUUCCCCCCCCUUUGUAUCACACAUCGCACUUGCUCCCCCCCCCCUCCCCCACCGGUGAGCGCGCGUCCAUGGUGGAGCAACCGAAGUCAUUUGCAGCGGAGCAGCAGAAGUAUCUCAAGGAGCGCCAGGCUGUCAUUGAAGCUGUUCCAUAUUGCCCUGCUUGUAUCCCCCUUGCAAGGCACGACUGGCUGAUUAUCCCCCUACUGCCUGCCCUGUUCUCGCCCUGUGGUGUGCCGUGCCCCACCAGUGAGCGGGCAUCCAUGGUGGAGCAAGCGAAGCUGUUUGCAGCGGAGCAGCAGAAAUACCUCAAGGAGCGCCAGGCUGUCAUUGAAGCCGCCCGGCAGGACUGGCAGAGACAGAUGGCUGCCGCCCAGGAGGUCUCAGAUGAGGACGACAGACGCCGCCGCAUCCAGCACCUGACGGAUCUUAAAGCCACGUUGGACCAGCAUGUUAGGGAGCUGAAUGACGACGCCAGGCAUGUCAGUCAACUGAAGAAGAAUCUGCUGAGUUUUUCCAGGAAUGGGGCGAAUAGUGGGGCAGGGAGUGGGCCUGGUGCGGGGAGUGGUGGCGGGAGCGGGGAUUUCGGGAGGGGAGGGAGGGGAGGGAGAGGGGAGGGAGGGAGGAGGGACGGGGGAGCGGGAGGGAGGGGAGGCGCGGGCGGGAGAGGGGAAGGGGGAGUGGGGAUUCCGCCAGGUGGCGGCGUGAGAUUGGAUCAGAAUGGGCCGCUGUUGAAUUUCCCGCCGGAUGCGAUUAUGUCCCGAGCCUCGUCGUUUGCUUCGGCGAGCAUGGGUCGGGAGAGCUUUGAUAUUGAUGAGAUGAUGGGAGGGCUAGGUUUGGAAGGGCCCUGGUCCAGACCAAGUCCCCGAAGCAGCCUCGGAGGUAUGGGAGACAUGAUGGGAGGUUCGGGUGGAGCAGGAGUGGGGGCAGGCGCGAGAGGGGCAGGGAUGGGGGGAGGAGCAGGGGGGGGGAGUGGAGGCAUGGGGAUGGGGAUGGGAAUGGGGAUGGGUGUGAGGGGCGGCAGUGGUGGUGCCAGCAGUAGUAUGGGGGGAAGGGGAUUCGGUGGGGGAAUGGGAGGGGGAAUGGGUGGGGGGGGGAUGGGUCGAGGAGGCGGGAUGGGGGGAGGUGGGAUGGGGGGGAUGGGAAUGGGGGGAGGCGGGAUGGGGGGAGGAGGGCUGGGGGGAGGAGGGCUGGGAGGCAGGGACUCGUGGUUUGACGAGGUGUAUGGGUCUAGCUCUGCUGUUACAUCGCCCACCCUCUCCCCGCCCGGCAUUGCCGGCAGAAAUAUCUUCCAGGGGGAGUUUGACCUGGGGGAGGGGAGUGGCGGAGGGGGGAGCGGCGGGGGGAGGAUGGGGGGAGGAGGAAUGGGAAUGGGGGGAGGCGGAGGGCUGGGAGGAGGGGGUGGGAGGAGAGGAACGGGGAUGGAGGAGGGAGGGGCGAGGAGGGGCGGGGGAGGGGGAGGGGGAGGGGGAGGGGGAGGGGGAGGGGGAGGGGGAGGGGGAGGGGGAAUGGAGGUGGAGGGCGGAGGAGCGGAGUUCAAGUUUGGGAAUCUGCUGCCUGGCGUUCAAGCACAACCCGAUCCGCUGUGA